UCCUGAUUUAUGUCUCUGUGGUUGUUUGUUUACUUUAGUUGGUGUUUGUGCCUCUUUGUAGUUGUUUUGUGUCUCUUUGUAGCCGUUUUGUGUCUGUAGUUUUGCGUCUGUUUGCAGUUGUUUGCAUCUCUUUGUAGUCAUUUUGUGUCUGUAGUUUUGCAUCUGUUUGCAGUUGUUUGCAUCUCUUUGUAGUCAUUUUGUGUCUGUAGUUUUGCAUCUGUUUGCAGUUGUUUGCAUCUCUGUGGUCAUUUUGUGUCUCUUUGUAGCCAUUUGUGUCUGUAGUUUUGUGUCUCUUUGUAGUCAUUAGCAUCUCUUUGUACUCAAUUUGUGGUCGUUUUGCGUCUCUUUCUAGUCGUUUUGUGUCUGUUUGUGGUUGUUUUGUGUCUCUGUGUUUGUUUAGUUUCUUUUGGGGGGUUGCUUGUGGUAAAUCAGUUAGAGAGCAUUAUUUAUUGAUUUCACGUUCAGAUUUUAUAAUAUUGUCCCUCAAACCCUGUCCUCGCACUCAAAUAGCCUCUGCUCGCAUUCAGAUACCAUGUUGUCGCUUGAAUUUUUUUGUGUAACAACCCUGUCAAAAUCCCCCAACCAAUAGAACACCAGGUUUAUGGUUGACCAAUGAAAUGAUCCCUGCCUCCUUGCAGGUGCGCUCGCUUUAGUUUUAGAGCGUCCCGUCUGGGCGGGUACUCUUUAACCGGGUUCAUCCACUCCCGCCCUCCACGGCUUUAUUAAAUCCAUAUUUGUCAUCACUUUACAUGUGUGUGUGUAUUCAUGCUGUGGUUGUUUUGUGUCUCUUGGUCGUCAUCUGUGGUCUUGUUUACUUUGGUGGUUGUUCGCAUCACGUUGUCUCUGCGUUUUUUUGUUUUCUUUUGUAGUUGUUUCUCGUUCUUUGUGGUUGUUUUGAGUCUUGUUGCAGUCGUGUGCGUCCUCUAGCGUCUCUGUGUGUCUGAGUCUGGAACCUUUCGCUCUGUAGCUUUGACUGAAUGUCUGAACUCUUCCUGGAUGGGCUGUGAUGAGCCGUGCGUCGAUAUUCGUGUUCCCUCACACUGACCUUCAGUAACUGCACUGACUUUAUAUUCAGCGCCACCAUCAGGUCGACAUGCUAACGUGUCCAACGCUGUGGUGUACGACCUGCAGGCCUGAUGACACUCAGUGUUUACUGAGAGUGGGAGCGUGGCCUCACCUCGCUGAUGAUGCGAUGAUGUGAUGAUGGUGGUGGAUGAGAGGCGCUGUGUUGGAGCAUUUAUCUCAGUGCAGCAGAAUAAAGCGUCAGUGUUUUGUCCUGGAACGACCCAGAGACAAAGAGCGCUCACACACAAACAAUCGGCCUCAGUCUGCAGAGAAACAAAGAGCAGAGGAGACACAAGACACAGACGGCAGCUCCAAACACAGCGGCUGCAUUCAAACGCCGUCAUCACACCACGCUCAUUAACUAUUCAUUUCAAGUCGCCGCUCACUCCACUUCCUUCACACACCAUCUUCAUCUCACACACAGAAAAUACAUGAAACCAAAUCAUCAUGGAUUCAAUAUGGAAACAAACAUCAGCUGUCUGAGGUCACAGAGGUCAAAGGUCACUCACUUAAUAAUGACAUAUAUUUAAACUUUAACGUGCUUCAACAUGAAUAUUUAAAUAUUCUUAUUUAAGCUGUUUCCAUGAUGUCCUAUUUUUCUUUAACCAGUGAAAUCAUCAUCAUCAUCAUCAUCAUCAGACCACCCUCAUUAAAUAUUCAUUCAUAUCAGACCUUGAGUCCACGUCUUUUUCUUCAACCAGUGAAAUGUAAAAUUUCAAAGCUGGUUUACUUCAUACAGUGAAGUCAUUUAGUGACUGCCAACAUUUAUCUUUAUUUUGUGUCUUUGUGGUUGUUUUGUGUCUCUUCGAGGUUGUUUUCUGUCUCUUUGUGGUUGUUUUGUGUCUCUUUGAGGUUGUUUUCUGUCUCUUUGAGGUUGUUUUGUGUCUCUUUGUGGUUGUUUUCCAUCUCUUUGAGGUUGUUUUGUGUCUCUUUGUGGUUGUUCUGUGUGUCUUUGUGGUUGUUUUCCGUCUCUUUGAGGUUGUUUUCUGUCUCUUUGAGGUUGUUUUCUGUCUCUUUGUGGUUGUUCUGUGUGUCUUUGUGGUUGUUUUCCGUCUCUUUGAUGUUGUUUUCUGUCUCUUCGAGGUUGUUUUCUGUCUCUUUGUGGUUGUUUUCCGUCUCUUUAAAGGUUUUUUUCCGUCUCUUUGAGGUUGUUUUCUGUCUCUUUGUGGUUGUUUUCCAUCUCUUUGUGGUUGUUUUCUGUCUCUUUGUGGUUGUUUUCCGUCUUUUUAAAGGUUUUUUUCCGUCUCUUUGAGGUUUUUUUUAUGUCUCUUUGUGGUUGUUUUCCGUCUUUUUAUAGGUUUUUUUCCGUCUCUUUGAGUUUUUUUUUUAUGUCUCUUUGUGGUUGUUUUGUGUCUCUUGUUGACGGCUUAUGUCUCUGUGGUCCUACAGUGUACCUUUGAGGUUGUUUUGUGUAUAUUUGCAUAAACGUUUCUGGGUUUAAACAACGUAAAUACUGGAACACAAAACAAAAUAAUGUGUUAAAUAUGUUUUGUAGAAUAAACAUGGAAACAGCAUCAGUUGUCUGAGGUCACAGAGGUCAAAGGUCAGUCAGACAAUAAUAACAUAUUUAACUUGUUUCAUUGUGAAUAUUUAAUACUAACAACAUUUUCAGGGCUCAACAUAUGAUUCAUCUAAACUGUUUCCUUGAGGUCGUCUUUUUGUUCCCAGUGAAAUGUUAAUGUAAAUAUUUCUUCAGCUUGCUGACGUCAUGCAGUGAAGUAGUGACUCUACUUAUCUUUAUUUGAUACUGUGAUCUUUAUUAAUGUCUCUUGCUAACAGCCUCCACAUGUUGGAAAUAUUAUUAUUAUUGUUAUUAUUAUUGAAAGCUCCACACUGUCUCUUUUUUUCUUUAAUGACUGGAGGUUUAAUUUUAAUUUCACGACAUUUAAAGUGAGGGCAGAGGUGAUCAAGCUGCUCUCAGAGGAAAGCCGAGUUCAGCCGGUGAUGUCGAAACUGUGCCGGCAGCUGAUUGGUCCACAGACAGCAGCUUGACUUUGUGUCUCUGACAGAGGAAACUCCGACAGGCUGAGGAUUGAAACUCGUCAUGGAUCUGGACAGCAUCGAGGGACUGAAUGAAAUCCGCCCGUCCAUCUACAGAGUGGCCAUGAAGCUCCUGUCUCUGCAGAGACUCUGUCACCUGGACGUGGUGACCGUUCGACACAUCACGGCAGCCCUCCACUCACAGCAGGAAGUGGAGCUGAACCGGCAGGAAGUGACCCAGACUCUGGACAGGAUGUUCCACAGUGUGUCACAGGACGUUCCGGGUCAUGUGACAGUGGCGGCUCCAGAGGAGACGUGCAGUCUGUUGUUCAAACUCAACGACCGGACUCAGUCUGGUUUCAUAUCAGCGGUGUCUCUUCAAACGUCUCUCAUCGCUCUGUCAGCUGAAACUCUGUUGGGAAAAUACAGAGCUGUGGUCCGUGUUGCCGGGGACGGUUCAGGAUCCGUCAGCAGGUCUGGAGUCAGGUCUGUGCUGCAGGACCUCAGCCAGGUCCCUGCGGCGGUGCAGGAGGAGGGAGUGUUUGGUGAAGUGGAGGCGGCAGUGAGGUCGUGUUUUAACGGGGUGCUGACCCCAAAGGCCACUGAAGAACACAUGUUGGCGUGGCUGCAAAGUGAGCCACGCCUGUUGCUAUGGUUACCCACUCUGUAUCGCCUGUCCGUCAGUCAGAGCGUCAGUCACACUGUCCGCUGCCACACCUGCAAGACCCUGCCCAUCACGGGACUCAGGUAUCGCUGCAUGAAGUGUGUGAACGUCCACCUGUGUCAGAGCUGCUUCCUGACGGACAGACAAACGAGGAAACACAAGACUUACCACCCAGUGCUUGAGUUCUGCACACAGCCCACCUGGAAGGAGUCUUUUUCCUCGUUAGUGCACAGCGCUCGACACGCCCUGUUGCCACGGCAAUACACUCAGAGAGAGGUCGACAGGAGGAGGGUCCUGAUGUGGGCGGAGCCAGGUCAGACUCAGGACAGUGCUCCGCUCCCCUCUGAUGCCUCAACACGACUGGCUGCCUCAGCCGUCAGUCACGGUCAGGUGCGACCUCCUACCUGCUCGUUUUCAUCCAAAGCUCUGCAGACUGACGAGGAGACGCCGACUCAGGAGCUGAAGGCGUCUGCUCUGCUCACUGAGGUCAGAAACCUGCAGAGAGACAAAUGGCUGAUGGAGCAGCAGCUGCAGGCGUGGAGGCUCACCGUCCAAUCAGAGCAGAGCAUCCUGGAGGACAGGUGCUCCGAGAUGGAGGUUACCAUGGAAACGCUGAGAGAACACAACCUCCGUCUGCAGAGCACGCUCACACAGGCUCUGAACAAGAUGGAGGCCCAGGAACGCACGGACAACCCACCACAGAGCCUUGACCAGGAGAACAUGGAGAACACGGAGAGCGCAAACUUUACACCAACUUCUGACACAGAGAUAAACACAGAAGAGGAAGAUGAAGUGCUGCUGAAGACUGAAGACGAGUGGAGCGAAGAACUACAAACUCCAUCCCCCACAAUUCACCAGGACACACUUCUGUCACAUGACACCAACUGUGAGGAAGAGGAGGAGUGCGCAGGUGGCUGGUUUCUCUGUCAUCCUUUAGUACAACAGGACAGAGCGGAGGAGGCGGAGCCACAGGAGGAGGACACCGGUCUGUCUGAAGAGGAAGAGGAGGCUUGUGGGAUGUGUAGUCCAGAGGAGCUACUGCAGGAGACUGUAGAGAGACUGAAGACUGUGAUGGAGACAGACAGAUGGAGACAGAGACAGACAGGUGAGAGCAGCAGGGUGGAGCUUCUAGAGGCUGCAGACCAGGUGGGAGACUCGAUACACCACCUGGUGGACGCUGUCAGAACUGACACACACUGACAACUUCGUAUUCCUGUUACAAAAAGCUGUUUAUUGUUGA